AUGGCAGACGCACUCAAGGCAGAAGGCAACAAGCUCUUCGCAGAGAAGAAGUUCCAAGAAUCAAUUGAGAAGUUUACACAAGCCAUCGAGCUUGACCCGUCAAACCAUGUCCUCUAUUCGAACCGGUCAGGGUCCUAUGCUUCCCUAAAAGAUUUCGACAAGGCCCUAGAGGACGCGACGAAGGUCACGGAGAUCAAGCCUGACUGGCCGAAAGGCUGGACGCGUAAAGCGGCUGCGCUCCAUGGUCAGGGUGAUCUCGUCGGCGCGAACGACGCGUACGAGGAAGCCCUCAAGCUCGACCCUAACAACACCCAAGCAAAGUCCGGCCUUGCAUCCGUCAAGCGCGCCAUCGAGGCCGAAGCACAGGAAGAUGGCCUCAGCGGCGAUCCAAGCGGUGGGCUCGGCAACCUCUUCAACGACCCUCAGAUGAUACAGAAGCUCGCCAGCAAUCCCAAGACUAGCGGACUCCUGGCGGACGCGGAGUUCAUGGGGAAGUUACAACGGCUGAAGCAGAAUCCCAAUAGCAUUGGCACGGAGAUGCGGGAUCCGAGGUUCCUGCAGGUCAUGAGCGUGCUGCUGGGUAUAGACAUGCAGUUUGGUGGCCCAGGCGGGCCAGGUGGAGACACUCAGGCUGGUGCCGCGUCCUCGAGGGAAGCAGAUGAGGAUGUGCCAAUGCCAGACGCCAGGCCGACGUCACAACCUCAGCAGGCCCGACAACCUGAACCCGAGCCCGAGCCGGAACCAGAAGAUGAGGAGGCCGUUGCUAAACGAGAGGCGAAGGAGAAGGCGGAGCAGGAGAAAAAGCUUGGCACCGAGAAUUACAAGAAGAGGCAGUUCGACGCGGCUAUCGAGCACUACAGCAAGGCAUGGGAGCUACAUAAAGAUAUUACCUACUUGACAAAUCUCAGCGCAGCCAAGUUCGAGAAGGGCGACUAUCAGGGCGCAAUCGAGGCGUGUGAGGAAGCCAUUCAGGAGGGCAGAGAAGUGAUGGCCGACUUCAAAGUCAUCGCCAAGGCCUUCGGCCGCAUAGGCUCCGCAUACGAGAAGCUAGGCGAUCUCCCCAAAGCCAUCGAAAACUACCAGAAGUCACUCACCGAACACCGCACGCCUGAAAUUCUUGCCAAGCUCCGCGCAGCAGAGAAAGCCAAGAUCAUCGCCGAAAAGAACGCCUACGUCAACCCCGAAGAAGCCGAAAAAGCUCGCGAGCUCGGUAACCAGAGGUUCAAGGAAGCAGACUGGCCAGGCGCAGUCGAAGCGUACACCGAGAUGAUCAAGCGGGCACCCGACGACCCGCGCGGCUACUCCAAUCGCGCGGCCUGCUUCAUCAAGUUGCUCUCCUUCCCGAGCGCUGUACAAGAUUGUGACGAAGCUAUCAAGCGGGACCCGAACUUCAUCAGGGCAUACCUUCGCAAAGCACAGGCGUACUUUGCAAUGCGUGAGUACAACAAGUGCCUGGACGUCUGUCAGGAGGCGAGCGAGCAUGACAAGGACGGAAAGAAUGCAAGGGAGAUCGAGCAGCAGUCACAGAAGGCGCUGGAGGCCCAGUUCAGUGCAAGGGAGGGUGAGACGGAGCAGCAGACGAUGGAGCGGAUACAGCGGGAUCCUGAGAUCCUCGCCAUUCUGCAAGACCCGGUCAUGCAGAGUAUUCUACAGCAGGCGAAGGGCGAUCCACAGGCACUGCAAGAGCACAUGAGGAACAAGGGCGUCGCGAUGAAGAUCCAGAAGCUUAUCGCGGCGGGUGUAAUUCGUCUUGGCCGGUAG